UGAUAUGCCAGCCACAGUUACCACAGCCCAGCAUGAGAGACUAGAGACUGAACUCUAUUAAAUUCUUCCCCUGAACAGAAGCUGCUGGUUAGACUCCUGGUCCGCAACCUGCUGUAAUAAACUCACACCAUCAGCAGAACUCCCUGUCCUCUGCUUUAAAGAUCAACACUCUGUCAGUUGAGCUGCCUUGAUGCUUUCCAAGACGUCAGCAGCCAAAACCACACAAGAACUUCGACUAAUGCUGUUGGACUGACCAGAGUCAUCUAUCAACAUCUGGAUUUCUCCUCGCCAUCACGGCAUUCCUUGUCUCUAUUGGGAAGUACAGUUCAGGACAUCUUUGUUUUCUUUUAAAUCUUUAUUAAUGAAGAUGGAGUCCUCCCUGACAGAACUUCCCUCCAUGCUGUCCAAUCAAUCCAUGGAGAGCUGUCCACCUGUGGAUAAUACAGUGGAGAAUAUGGUUUUUGGAAUUAGCUACAUCAUAGUUUUCCUCCUGGCACUUAUCGGCAAUGGUCUCGCUUUGUGGAUCUUCACCCACCAGAGAGGCAUCUCUUCUCCUGCCAAUGUGUUCCUGCUCCAUCUCGCUGUGGCUGACCUGUCUUACGUCUUCAUCUUACCCCUCAGGGCCACUUAUCAUUUAACCGGUGGACACUGGCCAUUUGGUGAAGUCCCUUGUCGUCUUGCGGGAUUCCUCUUCUAUGUCAACAUGUAUGCUAGUUUGUACUUCCUGGCCUGUGUCGCAGGUGACAGAUACCUUGCUGUUGUGCAUGCUGUACGUUCUCUCAAAGUCAGACACACUCGCUUUGCUCACAUAGCCAGCUUUGCACUAUGGGCUUUGGUGUCAGUGUCUAUGGCGCCCCUAUUGGUCACCCAGCAGACUGCGGAUGUGAAUGGCUUUACUGUAUGUUUGCAGCUGUACAGAGAAAAGGCCUCAAGCCGUGCUCUUGUCUCCCUCAUUAUAGCAUUCACACCCCCUUUCCUUGCCACCCUCUAUUGCUAUCUGCUCAUAGUGCACAGUCUGUGGAAGGGCUCAAGGCUGGAGCCUGCUCUGAAACUCCGAGCUCUUCGCACAAUCGGCCUGGUCAUGCUCGUCUACAUAGUGUGCUUUUUGCCCUAUCACUUAAGUCGUGCAACCUUCAUCUUGGGUUAUGGACAUCCAGGUCUGUCCUGCCAAAUAAAAAGAGGCCUUGCUCUAGCCAACCGCCUUACUUCAUCUCUAACCUGCCUGAAUGGAGCUCUGGAUCCCCUGGUCUACUUAUUUGCUGCUGAGAAGUUCAGGGGGAGUGUUCACAGGCUUCUCUGCAGAGAGAAGUCAAGGGGGUCCGGUGCAACCAGCGGGGAUCUGAAAAGUACUCAUGAGAAGUCUUUGAGUGCAAAGUCUGAGUUCUGAGAAAAUGGUUAAAAUGGUACAUUGAUGGUUUGUUUUUGAAGCGCUAUGAUUACUUGCCAUCAGGUUAAGUAAUUUGGCCCACACUUCCUGAUUGUAAAGACUUCAAAUGUGUGGUUAGUUAAACCUGAAAUAGGUAAUUUUGGCAAAAUUCUCCAAACAGAAUUGCUAAUAUAAUCAAAACAGAUUAUUAAUCUGUUUGAAAACAGAUUUGUGAAAACUCCCCACAUGUUCCAUUGGUUGAAUAAACGGAUAGUCCCCGCCCAAACUCACACCAUUGAUUUAGCCAAUGUUGUCAACAAGAUCCCACAGGAAAUCGAUAUAUUGAUUCAGAAUGUUCAUGUGCCCUGAAAUUGACCCCAUUCUGCUGAAUAACUGAUAAGUGGCACCCCCCAUCAUAAAUUUUCUCAACAAUUCAAUUGUUUUUACCUUUCCCUCUGGAACUACUAAUAGCGCAUUUCUCGAUCAACCUCAGAGAAAAAGGUUAUUGGAAAACAGAAAGUAAUCGCAAUUGUAUUUUAGUUCUGAAAAUACAUUUUUUACUACACUGAUGACUAGGUUUACGGUUGGGGUUUGGGUUAGGUGUAGAGUUAAUAAAAUCUGGUGCUCAUACAUUCAACAACACUUCCAGCUUCGGACACUGGUGGUUCUGAUUUCGGCAAGCACAAACCAAUUUCAGCAGCAGAACUUUCAACCUACUAUUGUCGAUUCACAUUGUGAUCAGAUCACAGGAUGCUCAAACAAAAAGUGAAAUGUUUUAAAAUCUCCACCAAGCUAUGAUGUUUACACUGAGAAAAUUAUCCUAAAAAUUGCUUUUUUAAAGUUGACUGCAUAUUAAACUGGGAUACGAGAAAAACACUGAAGUGACUGGAAUUUCAGUCAUAGACCAUCUCAGUAUAAGUUAUGUAUCAGCCAGUUGCCAUCUUUAUCAAUUGUAGGUGGCUAAAAACCCUAUUAAAACUCAAGAAGACAUCAUACCUGUUUACUGAUGACAUGCUUUGACUCAUACCGAAGUUUUGCUUUAAGCACUUGAGCAGAUAUAAUAACAUCCUUCGUAAAAUCAGUGUGACACUGACUAAUGAGCCACUGAAAACUCAGUGUAAAGGGACUACACACACACACACAAUUAUUUUUUUUUUUUGGUUUUUGUAAAACUGAGGUGAAGAGUGUGAAGAGGUGCAAAAUGGGGAGCUGAAAUGAAUAAUACUUGUUAGACACCUUGACAGCUACACUUGUUAUUUAGGCUUCUAUUUCACACUAUAUAUUCAAUUAAUACAAUCAUUUUUGGGGAAGAUUUUAC